AUGCCUUCAAAACUUCUCUCAAAUCAGCCCAACAAGGCCAUCUACGUCGACAGCAUCGCCAGUCUCUCGGCUCCUCUGUCCUCCAUGUCAUCCACCUUCUCUCUCGUCUCUCUCUUGACUAUGGCCUACCACGUCCGAACACCACAGCCUGCCAACCAGGAACGCCUACUCACCCUCCUAAACACAAUGUCACCAGUCCUAAGAACAAACGCAGACCCAAGAUACUCCCGUGAAGAGGUCCUCAACUCAUUUGUCCACUUUCUCAGCCCCGUCCUCAACGGCAUGGCAGGCAUGCUUGAGCUCCUCGCCAACGUCGACGCCUUCUCGCAUCCAGAGGAUUUCCGUCAGUUCUGGAGCCUUGAGCAGAGCAAUCUCAUCAGGGACUUUGUAGAGAGUGGGGGACCUCUGCGGGGGAUGCAGGGCUACGAUGUCCCCUUCCUCGAGACCUUCGUCAAGGACUCGUCGUGCAGGAUCGCCCUCGGAAGCAACAAGGGCAUGCUUCUGCUUGUCCCUGGCGACGCCGAGGUCGGCGACGAUGUAUGGUGGGACGAAGAUGAGCAGCGUCUCACCGUCAGAAAGGGUGUUGAAGAUCUCAACACAAAUGUCGAAGCUUACCUCGAUAACACUUCAAGGAUAACCGUCAUGGCCAUUCCUUCCGCCACUUAA